GCUUUCUCCUCUCGGCCUCUUUUCCUUCCACAUCUACGUCCACCCGCCAUCUUCCCGUGACGGUACCCCGACAUCCAAUUCCACCGCCUCUGUAAUCGUGUAUCAUGUGGUAACGGAUUGGCACUAUUGUAUUAGUAUAAUUUUUAUUCGUUCGCCCCAUAUCGUGGUCCCCCGCAACAAGUCAUUAGCCAUGCCACGCCCGAAGCGAACUCGCGUUGCGUCGACUCGAACAACAGCCAAGGCACACGGCCCAGUCGUAGCCAGCGGGCCGCCAGAGCAACCAAAGCCUGCCCAGUCAAGCUCUGAUCUAUACGAUGUGAGCGAUCGCGAGAAGGCAAAAGUAGAGCGGAAGCGCAGAUCGACGCGCUCGAAGCCAACCUCAGCGUCACAGCAAUUGCAGUUGCUGGAGACUGCGCGUCAGCGACGUGAUUCGGCCAUGGACAGACUAGAGAAUAUGAUGUCUACACCAAGCAACGAGGCAGGAGAGCCUGCCGAUGAGUCGGAUCUUUCAGUUGAAUUAGGACGCCGUGUCGCUGGGACCCCGCAGCAUAGGAGAAUGGCCGACUUCUCAGGAUUAGACCUAGACGAUGCUGAUUUCGACGACUUGAACACCACCUUUAACACUGCGGGCCCAGCUAGCGCGCAGCGGUCUGCUGAGACAUCUACCAUGUCUGCUAGCGUGUUCCGGAGGCGACCUCGCGCGGGGAGCUUUCUGAGCCGGGAGGAUGGCUACAUCCGACCCAGCAGCCGCGGCGGCCCCAACACGCCCGGCCUUAGCUCAACUUUCAAUAUCGGCGUGUUUAAGAGAAGGGCGCGGGAGCCCAGCAUUCUCGGCACGGCGCAAAAGCCUCGCUCCCAACGAUCGGAGCCCGAGCCCGAGCCACCAUCGUCCCAGCCUGAGGACGAAGACGAAGAUGAAGACGAGGCAAUCGAAGAGGAUGCAUUCGCUCCUGAAGAGACAUCGACUCCACUCAGGCGUUCCAAGAGGCGCUCUGGUCAGACCGACGCCAGCCGAGCAUCUCCACAGGCUUCAUCUAGCGUCAAGACGCGCAAGCGAAAGUCUUCUAAAGGUCACGAACGCCGUGCCCGAUCCUCUCCAUUCCAAGAUAAUGGCGACGGGCCCGUAGAAGGCCCUGCAUCACCGCAAUCGGAACCAGACUUGCCUCCUCUACCAUCUACCCCCCCUCGAGGACUUAGCCGACCGAGGACGCCUGUCAUGGACGAGGAACUAAUGGCGCCCCCCAUGAGCAGCGGCUCCUCGGCGGGUGACCCGGAGGAGGGCUGGCCGCCGCUGCAAUUACUCGGUCGCGGUCGUCCGCCGCGACGUGCCGCCUCGGCGCUGCAGCGACGGACGGCAACAUCCCAAGACAAUCUGUCUGAUAUGUCGUCGCCACCAUCACUCACCUACUCGCCCAACUACCGCGACGCGUCAUCGCCGCCCCCGCCCCCGCCGCCGAGACAGGCUAGCAAGCCAAGGCGCAGGGCCGCCUCCCGGCCGGAGAACGUGCAAGUCACCACCGCGGAUCUGGCCGGCCUGCUACCACGCCGGCGCGCCAGGAACGCACGUGUCGGCUCCGACGGUUACGACGAUGAAGAGUCCGAUGCUGAGGUCGACGCCUCGGGGCUCGGAAAUGACGACGACGAGCUCUCGUAUCUCGACGUGCGAACCCGUAGGCGUCUGGGGCGGUCGGCCUCGCGCGGGGCGGGUGCAAGAGCCAAGUCGAAGCAGCGCAGCGGUAGCGGCGGGAGUAAGGCGAAGCAGCCACAGACGCCCGUCGUCAAGUCGAGGUCCAAGCGGACCACCAUAACGUACGGCCGGGUGUCUGACAACGAGAACCAGGAGGAGGGUGAAGAGGAGGAGGACGAUGUCUUGGGCUCGACAGGGGCUGGCGGGGAAGGCGUGGGCCCAGAGGACAGCCAAGCGAUGGUGACGCGUGUGGGCGACGAGUUGAAGCGGGCGGCGCGCAAGUUCCAGGAGGUGGACAAGUGGCAGCUGGACUACGAGGAGAUGACGCAGAGCAGCUCGCCGCGGGACGCGCGCUGAUGCGUAGACGCAUCGAAGCUGGGGCUACGUGGGCUCGCUGCCUGCUUGCCGCCCGUCUUUGCGUCAUACUAUCCGGAGGCUUCGGGUCAGAGGAGAAAUUCGAGGUUCAAGGUGGUCGGUUGGGUUAGAAGGUGUAGGGGUGUGGGAAGGAGAAGGAGGAAAGGGUAUAAGGAUAUAUCCAUGCUUGUUCAUUCCAUGAUGAGAGAAAAAUUUGCCGCCCUUGGCUCUCCCCUUCCCGUCCCGUUCUCUACAUCCACUGGACGUGUUAUCAUGGAUAUGUUCAACAAGUCGUUGGCUGUUUGCGUCUCAUGUCCGGUUUAUCUGUCUGUCCCAUCCGUCUCGAAGGGAAGCAUAUAUACUACAGAAACCUUGAAAGUGCUCGAGCUGAGGGCUUUCAUGCACCAAGGCACAGAAAUAGCUGUUUUUGUUAAUGGGAUACGGCACAGUGCGGUAUGGUGUGUUGUGGUAAGAGGUGUCGCCGUAACCCGAUACCCAGGUCUCGG